CCACGGUAGAUUAAAAUCCCCGACAAGAGCGCCUCGUUCGAAUGCAGCAUCCCAUCCACCAUCGUAGUUCGUCCCGAGUCUUCAACCCGAUUGUUCAGCCAUACAUCCCCCAAUAUGGCGUCUCGACUCGUUCAGUCCUCUCGUACACUGGCGAGAAAUCUCUUAUGGACGAUUUCAAGACGAUCAGUCUCGUCUACACCUCUUCCGACUGCUCCUGAACCCGUUCCAGAGGAUCAACCUGAUUCGUCUACCCCCAAACUUUACCAACAAUCUCCCAAUUACCCCAAGACAUGGUCGACCUCUCAGAACCCUAAACCUCACGCGUACGACAACGUCAGGUUCGAGCAAGUAGAUCUGGAAUUUCAACCGAAACCAAAGAGCGCCAUGGCCAUGGUCGCGGAAGACCCUAUCCGGUUGGUCAGUGGUAGAAAAGCAGUCUGUGACGGAGGUGGGGGACCACUCGGACAUCCAAAAAUCUAUAUCAACCUCGACAAGCCAGGGCCUAAAGUCUGUGGAUACUGCGGCAUAAGGUUUGAGAAAGCGCAUGCCGCUCAUUAGGCGGAAGUUUUGACGGAAAAUGAAGUCUCUCAAUGCAUCCAUUCUGUACCGGGUUAUAGUCUU